AAUACCCAAAAGGGGUGAAUUGGGUUCUAUACAAUUUUUGUGAGUUAAAGACCCUUUUCAAAUAUGAGUAUAAGCAAUGUGAUUUUCAAUGAAUUUUCAUAUUAUAAAAAGCAUAUACAAAUCAUUUAAUUUUGUAAACUGGUCAUUUUUUUAUGAGGUUUAUUAUAUAUAUUACUAUAUUUUUCGGAUAAAUUCCGGUCUGGUCUGGUUAAAAACUCCCUGCAGAACAUUUCCGUUUCAAUCUAUACCUUUUCUCUCCCUUUUUUUUCCUUCUGCUUUUUCUCUAUGUUGUCUGUCUGCUGCUCUCUCGCGCGCCCUUGUCCACUUCCAUCCGCCGCCUAAGUUCACCGCUGCUGCAGCCAUCUUUGUCACCACAAGCACCUAACUUCUUCACUACAGUUCGAGAUUUAUGAAACCAUCGAAAUAGAAAGAGAAGACUCUCCAAGUUGAAGCACUAAUAUUAUCACGUUUCCUUUAAAGCUUCUCUUUCCAAAGAUCUGUGGCUAGUGAAAUUAGCUUUAUCAUCAUCAUCCAAGCUCAAAAAUGCACAAGUUAAGUAGAGGCAAUCGUGACAAAGUCCAGCAAUUCAUGACAAUAACAGGGGCUAGUGAGAAAGCCGCAUUGCAGGCUUUGAAGGCAAGAGAUUGGCAUCUUGAAGGUGCAUUUGAUGUUUUCUACAGCCAACCUCAGAUUAAAACGUUUACUGAUUCUAGAAAUUUGGAAAAGCUUUACAACAGAUAUAAAGAUCCUUAUGUCGAUAUGAUAUUGGUUGAUGGGAUCACUCUCCUUUGCAAUGAACUCCAGGUGGAUCCUCAAGAUAUAGUUAUGCUAGUUGUUUCAUGGCACAUGAAGGCUGCCACCAUGUGCGAAUUCUCCAAGCAGGAAUUCAUUGGUGGAUUACAAGCUCUAGGGAUAGAUUCUUUGGAGAAGUUCCGCGAAAGAAUACCAUUCAUGCGUUCUGAGCUGAAAGAUGAACAAAAGUUCCGUGAGAUAUACGAGUUUGCUUUUGGUUGGGCAAAAGAAAAGGGUCAAAAAUCUUUGGCAUUGGAUACAGCUAUUGGAAUGUGGCAACUACUGUUUGCUGAAAAACAUUGGCCAUUGGUUGAUCACUGGUGCCAGUUCUUGCAGAUUUGCAUUCAUUUCAGGCUCGGCAUAAUAAAGCAAUCUCCCGGGAUACUUGGUCUCAACUAUUGGAAUUUACCAGGACGGUGGACCCUACACUAUCAAAUUAUGAUGCGGAGGGUGCUUGGCCAUAUCUUAUUGAUGAAUUUGUUGAAUACAUGAAUGAGAAUGGCCUCAUUCAAGAGAGUCAUCAGUCUAAUGAUUGGAGCCAAAGACGGUAAUGACUUGUGGGUGAUGGAUUGCGCUGUGGAUUUACCUUUCCUGGUUCCUCUCUCUCUCUCUCUCUCUCUCUCUCUCUCUCUCUGCACCUUCUUUUCUUACCCUUGAAAAGAAAGACCCGCGAAUAGAUAAAUGUACUGUUUGACGAAAUAUGAAUGACUCUUUUAGCCUAUGGGAUUUUUUCUAUGGCUUCACAUUCUCUUAUGUUGUGCCUGAAGCUGUCCAUGUCAUGUUCACUUCUUGCGUUUCAAUUCCUAAAAUUUUUCUGAACACUUGGACUUGUUUUGGAAGGUUAUAUAUGGACCCUAAAUUAAUAUCCAUAACCUUGUAAAUAAAAAUUAUUAGUUAUGUCACUUUUUUUUAAA